AUGUUGCUUCAAAUAGAUUCAUCAUAUAUCAAGAUCUUGCUUCUAGCUGUGUCAUUUGUUGGGUGGGCACAUGCUGCAAAUUUAGGAGGGCUAGAUGGAAGUAACAAUAAUGCCGAGGGUAGAAAUAGCCAAAGUGGGUCAGGGUCAGGUACAGCUGGAGCUACUCCAGCUACUCCAGCUGCACCAACUACAGCGGGUCAACCCAACACACAUACUCAAGUGACUCAAGUUCUAAGCGGAACCCAGACUUUAUUAUGGAUACCGACCUCGGAAGCUGCGACGGUGACUCCACGCACUACAACUGUUCAGACGCAGCAGCAACAACAGUCACAGCCCACUACUUUGACGCAAGCUGGCACCACUGGCGGCACGCCGGCAGUGACGUUUAACCAAUGGGGCUUUACUGGCUCGCAGUCCGUAUGGCAGAAUCCAACCACUACUGGCUCAGCUAGCGGUUCUGCUAAUCUGGCUUCGACGAGGGCAAACUCGAGUGGACGCGGCAGCGGGCUGAAUAGCGCCAGUGCUAGUGCUAGUGCUAGCAUCGGUGCUGCUUCCAGCGCUGCUGCUAAUAGACCAUCGGGCUUGGUGGGAGAGCUGAAUCAGGGCUUGCUUUAUACGUGGCUAUUUUGUCUUGGUUCAGCGUUGCUUAUAGGCGGGAUAUAA